GGGGGGUGAGAGGGAUUGCAGGGGCGGCGCUGGCAGGAGAUUCAGAGAGGACAUAGGGACAGGUAAAGUACAGAGUAAAAGGUGUGAAGGGUGUAAGAGGGAGCGGUGACAGCCAGACAGGGCUCCCUGAGCAGUGUGACCUGCAGCAGGUGGCAUAGAGCCUUAGCCAUGACUCACCAGCUUAUCUCCCGUGCAUUGGUAUCUCCUCGUUGGUUGUUUGAUUCCCUGCGUCCUGGAUCUGCCUUGAGUGGAAGUCUCCGUGUUCUGGAUGCUUCAUGGCAUCUCCCAAAAAGUGGGCGUGAUGGGUGGAGAGAAUACAAAGAGCGUCAUAUACCUGGCUCCUACUUCUUUGACAUAGAUGCCUGCAGUGAUCGCACAUCUCCUUAUGACCAUAUGCUGCCCAGUGAGGAAAAGAUUUCGGAAUAUGCAGGACACCUGGGGAUUUCUAACAACAACCAUGUGGUGGUCUAUGAUGCAAGUGACUUUGGUUCUUAUAGUGCCCCCCGACUUUGGUGGAUGUUUAGAGUCUUUGGACAUCCCCAGGUAUCUGUAUUGGAUGGUGGCUUAAAGGCCUGGAUGAAAGAAGGAUACCCGUUGAAAUCUGGGAAAGAGCCACGUCCAAAACCAGUAGAGUUUCAAGCAAAGCUCAAUGUAUCUCAAGUUGUGGGACAUGAAGAGAUGGUGGAGAAUAUGGAAAAGAAGACGUUUCAAUUGGUAGAUGCUAGAGUAAAUGGAAGAUUUCGGGGUUUGGAACCAGAGCCCAGGGAAGGGAUUGAACCCGGCCAUAUCCCUGGCGCAGUGAACCUACCUUUUCCCAGCUUCCUAAAUGAAUAUGGCUAUAAGUCAACUGAUGAGAUGAAGCAUCUGUUCCAAGAAAAGGGCAUAGAUCUAUCCAGUCCUCUUGUUGCUUCUUGUGGAUCUGGAGUCACAGCCUGCCACAUCGCUCUAGCUGCCUACCUCUGUGGCAAGGAAGAUACUGCCAUUUAUGACGGUUCCUGGGUUGAGUGGUACAUGCGUGCUAAACCAGAAGAUGUAGUAUCAGAAGGAAGAGGGAAGACUCUGUAAGUGUAAAGAUUGCUGCACUAGGCAUACUAUCAGAGACCAUGUACGGACAACAUUGGGCUACUUUACACAAGUUUUUCCAUAAAGAUAUACUUGUUCUCUUUUAGCCUGACUUGUCAAGUAAGAUGUCAAUGUUUUCUAGCCUCCGAAUGACAAUUUUAACAAAAGUGCCUUAUGUCUCUCCAGUAACUAAAGCUGCAACUGUAUUCUAAACUGAAAAA